UAUUUUAAUGUUAAUAUUUUUCGUAUUUCUCGUAUGACUUAGUUCACAAGAACAAGAAUACAAGUCAGGUGACAGGGACGAACCGCAAAAGAUGGACAGGCUGUUUGGCCAAUCAUCCUUUGAGAUAUAACACAACAACCAAUAAGAAGAAAGAGGCGGGGCACAGGAUGGCUUUUUUUCCUCUUUUUUUAUUUAGCUAGAGGAAAUCCUCAGAUAAUAUGCGGGGUCGUUCGUGUUUCCGAGUCGCUUGACUAUUUUUUUUGUAAAACUAGUCAUUUUUAAACGUAAGUUACCCAUUGUCUGGCACAAACACAGAGCCAGGGAGUGUCAACUUAGGGGGGAAUAGGGGAAGCUCGUGACGUUGGGUCAAAAUGUCGAUUCAGUACGAGGUGGAACAGCUGCCUGACAGCUAUGGGGUGGCGGACUCGUUCCCCAAAGAUUUUGGUUAUGGUGAGGAGGAGGCAGAAAUCGAGGAUAGCCCGACGUCUUCCGAUAGCAAACCUAGAAUCCUGCUCAUGGGUUUGAGACGAAGCGGCAAGUCAUCAAUCCAGAAGGUGGUUUUCCAUAAAAUGUCCCCCAAUGAGACCUUGUUUCUGGAGAGCACCAACAAGAUCUACAAGGACGACAUCUCCAGCAGCUCUUUUGUCAACUUCCAGAUCUGGGACUUCCCCGGUCAGGUGGACUUCUUUGACCCCACCUUCGACUACGAGAUGAUCUUUCGAGGAACUGGGGCUUUAAUAUUUGUCAUCGACGCUCAGGAUGAUUACGUGGAAGCUCUGGGAAGGCUCCACCUCACUGUGUCGCGGGCCUACAGAGUCAACCCGGAAAUCAACUUUGAGGUGUUCAUCCACAAGGUGGACGGCCUGUCGGACGACCACAAGAUCGAAACGCAGAGAGACAUCCAUCAGAGAGCCAACGACGAUCUGGCUGAUGCCAGUUUGGAGAAGCUACAUCUCAGCUUUUACUUGACGAGUAUUUAUGACCACUCCAUCUUUGAAGCCUUCAGCAAAGUGGUGCAGAAGCUCAUCCCACAGCUCCCCACGCUAGAGAACCUCCUCAAUAUCUUCAUUUCUAAUUCAGGAAUCGAGAAGGCUUUUCUCUUUGACGUGACCAGUAAGAUCUACAUCGCCACAGACAGCUCUCCAGUGGACAUGCAGUCGUACGAGCUGUGCUGCGACAUGAUCGAUGUGGUCAUCGACGUGUCCUGCAUCUACGGUUUAAGGGAGGAUGGGAGCGGCAGCGCCUACGACAAAGAGUCCAUGGCUAUUAUCAAGCUCAACAACACCACUGUGCUGUACCUCAAAGAGGUCACCAAGUUCCUGGCCCUCGUCUGCAUCCUACGAGAGGAGAGCUUCGAGCGCAAAGGAUUAAUAGACUACAACUUUCACUGUUUCCGGAAGGCCAUCCACGAAGUAUUUGAGGUGGGCGUUUCCGCUCAACGUCCGGGUGGUUCUAAAGCACUGGGCUCCCCGUGCAACAAGGCCAUCGCACUGAAUGGCACGCCACGCAGCACUGUCUAAACACGGACGCAGGGUCAAGGGUAUAUCGGCAAAAGACAGACAGAGAAGGGAAAGAAAGAACAGACUACUAAACCGAGGCUCACCAGUGCUCCAGCCACAACCUCCUGCUCCCAGAACCGGACGCACUGAGCCAGAACCUCCAGGAGAGCACGUGGGAGUAUCAUGGGAGCACAGUCGGCUUACGGAAGACAGAGCGGGACUUGGGGACUCCGUUUUGGAAGAAUGUAACGCUCAACGAGCAAGUCAAGAAAGCCAAACGGGGGAAAAAGAGCUUCUGUGAUUCCCUGUUGCAGGCAGAAACUGUGUUUCUAAGUGUCGGAUUCCUUCCUGUAAACAUUGUAACAAACCACAUUCUGACCUCUGCUGGGGAGGAGGCGUCCCGUCCCCCGGCGGAUCCGACCUCCUCUGUUCUGAAACGGACGGUGGACAUGGACUUCAGGUCACAACCCAUACAUUUUCAGAGACUGCCUUAAGGAGAGGGAGCUCGACUGCAGCGAGCUUCCUCUCAUCAACAUUAACCUCACCUGACCCCAAUGCUGCCCCGAACUCGCUUUUCGGUUCCACUAAUGAAGGGAAGAGAAGGAUGUGAGAGCAGACUGAAAAGGGAUUGUGCUGUCCGUGUCGUCUGAAUGUGUGUAUGAGUGUUGAAAGGUUACCGCCAGAACCAAGACUGUACGGGCUCUUUGUCUGCAGUGAAUAACCUUUGCAAAAAAGAUAACGGCAGCAGAGAAUAAUUAAACUCUUUUCAAUCACUGAAAGUCACUUUUCUGUCUGCUCCAUGAAAAAAUGUUGUGUAGUCUGUAUCAGCUGGAGAUGUUGUUGACCAUAACUCAGGUUAAAGAUUCAUUUAUCGUCA